AAUCAAUCCAUUCAGCUUUACAAGUUUUACUCCUACUACUUGUUCUUCUUAUUUACUCUCAGUUGACCUCCAUCAGUCAAUAUGAUGCUCCCCAAAUUCUACACACUUUUACCUCUCCUCGUUAGCCUGGCAUUGGCCGGUGACCUGAAAGUUCAGCGCGACAAGUCCGUUGAAGCGACCCAUGGACACAAGGAUGGCCAAUACGUCUGGUCUUCAAUCGUUGAUGUUGACUUUGGUCUUAAGGAGACUGAUGCUAAGAAGAAAGAGGAAGAGUUAAACGGAAAGAUGGUCAAGAUCGCGCAUGAAGCGAGUAAGGAGAUGCGAGACGACUUUUCGCAUAUCCUAAGCUCAGUCCCGAAGGAUAAGCGGCCCUCAAUCAUGACGGCCAUCGAAGUCGACAACCAAGUUUACCUGGCCUCAUCGAUGAAGGGUGACUACUCCUUCAUCUACGAAUACAAGACGAAGGAUAAGGGCGGCAAAGUCGGCGAUGGAACCAUCAGGAAAAGUGUUCCAAAGGAAAUCGCCACGGCACUUGGAGGUGCUCGAGCAGCAGGCGCCGCCCAACACCGGAACAAUGUCCAGCACCAAAAUGAUGCUUCUUGUGGAGAGCUGAUGGCCAGCUACACCUGGCUGUUGAAGAACCACGGGAAGAGUCUGAAGGACAAGAAGCCGAAGCGGACAAUUGCAUGGCUUUACACCGGAACGGUGGACCAAGCUCAUGAUCCUUGCGGCACUGACGAAGCUACCUGGGGAUGUGAUAUGUUCUGCAAAUCAAUGGGGUUUGAAGUUAUCAAUAAAAAGACCGUGGAAGCCAAGGAACUGCCAACGAUCAAGGGCCAUGAUCACCAAAAGCUUAUGACCCCCGCAUUGAGAAAGGAGCUUGACGACAUGAACAAGGCGAUAGACGAGGAAAACAAAAGGAAGCAGAAAGAGAAGAGUGACAAGAAGAAGGCAGAGAAGGAACAGAACAAGAACAAGCACGAUGACAAGAAGGAUGACAAGAAGGCUGACAAGAAGGGUCACAAGGGACAUGGACACAAGAGAGAGCAGGCUCGCUCUUGGUCGGCAUAGAUCUAUCUAUCUAUCAGCUAACGGUGGUUUGGGGUUCAAGUGAUUGAAUUUAGAUUUUGAGUGAUUUAUGUUUUAGACAUGGUUCUGUUGCUGGAUGAUUUGGACCUUUAGUCUAGAGUUUGUUUAUUUGGGAUUAAAAUUGUUACACCUG